UUCGCGCCCUCUAGCGUCUGAUGAAGCGCGUCACACGCUCAGACAAAAACAGCUGAAGUUCAUCAUCAGCAGAUUCAGUUGAUCAGUGAUCUGCCUGCAGUAUUUUCCCCUCGCUGUUUACAGACAAAGACCCCCUUUCUCUUCUCACGCCGUUUCACCUGAGCAGCGUCCGCGCUGGCUGAAAUGACAGGCUGCUUUCUCGAAAUUGACUCUGUAGCUUCCAUCAGUCCGUCUGAAUCAUCCAGCUCAUCAUCUGUGUCUGACAGAGCAUGUGUUUACUGGGGUUGUGUACUCAGUGCUUCUGAGACCACGGCUGUCUUUCAAGCAGAGAAUGACCUUCUAGAGAACCAGUUUUUCAUCAAAACGAUAUGUCUUAGUGAGGAGGCAGGAGACGAGAUGCAUAUGGUGGCCGUCUGUGACGGUGUAGGAGCUUCCAAACCAUUGCCCAUUGCCACCCUCCGCCACUGUAUGCCAAUGAUCAGUUUUCCUGGUUUGGAGCUUAUUCCUCCUGUCACCUUUAAACUAUGCUCUGGUAAAGGACCGGUGUACAUCUCUGCUCAGCAUAUAACAUUGAAUCCCAUUGAGAUGACAGAGGGGGAGAAGGAUGAUGAAGAUGAUUAAAUGCCAGCAAUGAGAGCUUAUUCUGACUGUUUGAGCCAUGAUGGGUCCUGUGGGACAGUGAUUGUUCACCCUAUCAGUAUUUGAGCAUCACAGUGUUUGUCACCAUUGAAAAUUGAAAAACUGUAUUAAAUUAAAGUGUUUUAAUGCUAAUGAAAAACAGAGUAAUAAAAUCUCACAGUGUAAAUAAUACCACAUAAUUUUAUCUGAUGUGUUUUUCCCAUCUGUAGACUUAAAUUCAUACCUAAUUGUACACAAGAUGUUAACACAGUUGACUUGAAGUGAGAAAUAAAGUAUAUACUGUAGA